AUGCUCGCUCGAUACCGAAACUACGCGCUACUCUCUACGAUGGAGUCAUGGCACCAGCACGUGUCCGAUCGAGACAUCUUGGAGCCCAUGUGCGUACGCAAGAUCAGAGGCCAAUGGCUUAACUAUGAUAAAAACGCGUGGGUUGGCCACCGAAAAGUACGAGCUACUGACGACAAGAAUUUCGUUCCUGGUCCAUUGAACGCUCGAUCCUUCCACAACCUUCCGGACAAAUCCAAGACAUUUGUACCGCUGGAUUCAGUAGGAGGGACGAUGCUUUACGUGCGUGCUGAUAUUCAUCGGCAAGGCGUGAUGUUUCCUGUUCACUACGUCAUUGGUAGUGAGUGGGGUCGAGAAGGAUAUGAUGGUAUCGAAACCGAAGGCUUAUGCUAUAGCGCUCAUUUUUUGGGUUACAAGUGCUGGGGUAUGCCUCAUGACGCGAUCCAGCAUGCCUUGUAGUUGAUCAUGUAUUUCGUUCGUCAUGA